AUGAAUGGAUAUACUAUGCGAGAAAAUCUAGUUGAGAAACAUGAAAGUGGUGAAUUAGCACAAAAUGUUGAAAUUCCCGAAGUACCUUCUAUUAAUAAUUGGAUAACAAGAUUCACUGCAAAGUCUAAAAAAAACUUAUUUGAUAAAAUAGCGAGAAUCUCACAUUCUAGGUGA